AUGGCUACGGAGGCGUUAAACAAGGACAUCGAGCGAGUGCAGGAGAAGCUGCGCGAACUCGAAGGUUCGAUUGCAAAUUUAAGGCCAAGUCGAAGAGAAUAUGAUAGCGGUAUUGGUCUCAAGCGUCGUAUUUCUCAUGAAGGUUUUGGAAAUGAUCGAUAUUCUAAUGGCAGCGGGCGUGUUACUGUUGUUAGUGAUGCUUCACCGAUGGGGUUCAAUAGACGUAGAAUUGAGAUGGUUCGUAGCGAUGAACGCCCUGGAAAAAGGCAACGCAUGGAUUACGACGAUGUGGAGGACGAAGAUGACCGCGAUGCUCGCCCUAAAAGGACAUUAGCAUCGACGGUGGUGAUGCCGUCAAUCGAGACGAAGAGCCGCGAGGAGAGGAUCGAGGAAAUGAACAAAACUGAGAAGAAAGAAGUUACUACUAGAAACCGUCGUAUGUUCUCGAACCUCCUCAUGGGCACGCUCACUCGUUUUCAAAAAGACGAGAAAAAAAUCCAAAGUGUUGAAAAAAUCCAGGCUGAAAAACAAAAAGAAGUUGAGAAACGCCUGGAAGAUAAGAAGCGCGAAGACCGUGAAAAGAUCAUGGCUGAGCGCCAGAAGUUGUUCGAUGAACGUCGUGAACAGGAGAAAGAAUUGCGUGCUCUGCAACGUAAAAAAGCGUUAAUACAAUACGCAGAGGCAAAGAAAGAACAUUACAAAUUGCUGCGUAACUUUAUUCAAACGCAAACGAAGCCUACAUUAUUCUUUGUGCCGGCCAAGCAUUCCAUGCGCUCGCUCGAACUGCUCAAGGCUUCUGAAAAGGCCAUCGAUGGUCUUAUGGAACUUCGACAGAAGGAAUUAGAGCGUGAGCUAGAGAACUCAGUUGAAGAUGAUCACCAGGAGCAUAACACUUCUGGAGCCAAUGACGCAGUGGCUGGCAAUUCCAAAGAAACCAACUCUAGCAGAAGGCGUCGUGAUCGCAGCUACUCUCACAGUGGUGACGAGGACGAUCGUGAAAAGAGUCCGGAACAAGCGGAGGAAAAGAGCGCAGACCCUGAGGAGGUUCACGAGAACAACGACGAGGAUGAUGCGAUGGGCGAGGAGGAGAGAAUUCAGCCAGAUGAGGAGCCAAUGGACAAGAACGACUAA